AUGGCAGUGUCUGUUGGCGAAAUUUGCGAAAACACGAAGCUGGCCCGUGAAAUGGCACUGAUGGGAAACUACGAAUCGGCUUUGGUGUACUACGAGGGAACGGUGCAGAUGAUCCAUAGACUGUUGAUCACGAUCGCGGACCCCACACGAAGGUCUAAGUGGCAAUUGGUGCAGAAGCAAAUGGCAAGGGAAUAUGAGCAACUUAAAGCAACAGUAGCCACCCUACAAAUGUUUCAGCAUGAUGGAGAAAAAGCAAUCACUCCAUUAACUAGUGCGUUAGAAGACCUGCCAACUCGAGACCAAAUGUGGGCGCCGGCGCCCCACGAGAUAGAUCCAGACAUCUGGCCGCCGCCUCCCGACCGAGAUCCCACCGCCUGGCCUUCGCCAACUAGUGUAGAACAUAAAGGACCUCCGACAAUGAAAUCGGCAAGAAACAAUCCACGAAACAACAGAACGGCAGAUAACAAGAAGACAUCAGCGCGGAACGCGACCACAUCACAACGGAAGACGUCAGAUGUACGGAACCCUAAGAUUAACACGAAUAAAGGACAUAGCGCUAAAACUAAAGAAACCAGUAACAAAGAGCACAACAAUACAAAAGACAAGCAGGACAGAGACAACAACAAUGGGGACACAGACGACGAGAAACAUAAAGAGGAGGAAAGACGGUUCGAGCCACCUUCUGCGGCUGAUGGUGACCUGGUAGAUAUGUUGGAACGAGAUAUAGUGCAAAAGAAUCCCAACAUCCGAUGGGACGACAUCGCGGAUUUAAGUGAGGCCAAGAGAUUGUUGGAGGAAGCUGUAGUCUUGCCCAUGUGGAUGCCUGAUUUCUUUAAAGGUAUCCGCAGACCAUGGAAGGGAGUGCUGAUGGUGGGCCCGCCCGGCACCGGCAAGACGAUGCUGGCGAAGGCCGUGGCCACCGAGUGCGGGACCACCUUCUUCAACGUAUCCUCUUCCACCCUCACAUCGAAGUACCGCGGGGAGAGUGAGAAACUAGUCAGAUUGCUGUUUGAAAUGGCGCGGUUCUACGCACCCAGCACGAUAUUCAUAGACGAGAUAGACUCGCUGUGCUCGCGCCGCGGCUCCGACAGCGAGCACGAGGCCUCGCGCCGCGUCAAGAGCGAGCUGCUCGUGCAGAUGGACGGCCUCGGCUCGGCCACCGAUGAGCCUGCCAAGGUAGUAAUGGUGCUAGCAGCAACAAAUUUCCCAUGGGACAUCGAUGAAGCCCUAAGGCGAAGGCUCGAGAAGCGUAUCUACAUACCGCUCCCGACGCAGGAGGGCAGGGAAGCCCUGCUACAUAUUAACCUCAGAGAAGUCAAAGUUGACCCCGAAGUUGAUCUGCGGUCCAUUGCCAAGAAACUGGAUGGUUACUCUGGAGCAGAUAUAACAAAUGUUUGUAGAGAUGCAUCAAUGAUGUCUAUGCGACGUAAAAUCGCUGGCCUCAAGCCUGAACAAAUAAAACAACUUGCCAAGGAGGAGCUGGACUUGCCGGUCACUAGACAGGACUUCUUGGAAGCCCUUGCGAAAUGUAAUAAAUCUGUAUCUAAAGGAGACAUUCAGAAAUAUCUCACGUGGAUGGACGAAUUCGGAUCCUCC